AUGCGAAGAAGGAAUCUUAAUUCUACAAAAGAUGAAAGAGGGACGACGGGCAGCGGAAGAACGGCACUUCGUCUGAGUAAUGCAGCCAUGUCAAAAACGACAACCGGUCAGAUUGUAAAUCUUUUGUCAAACGAUGUGAAUAAAUUUGAUCAGGUGACUAUUUUCUUGCAUUUCUUAUGGGCUGGACCCCUUCAGGCAAUAGCUGUGACUGUUCUUUUGUGGCUUGAGAUUGGCCCGUCCUGCCUUGCAGGGAUGGCGGUGCUGAUUAUUCUUCUUCCCUUGCAAACCUGCAUGGGCAGGCUCUUCUCAGCUCUGAGCCAUUCCCUCAUCCAACAGCUGCGGAGAGCAAAAAGGCCCCAAGCAAUACAGGCCUGGCCUCCUGGCCCCAUCAUCCUGCUUUUUAGCCUUCUCCAGGUCUGGGAGGCUGCAAGCAGAGCAAGAGAGGAUGGGCCAGCUGAUGUAGGAAUGUUAAACUUUCUAAUCCUUGAUGAGGUUUCUCAGUUCAGACCACAACUCAAAAGUAACAGUGAAAAUCCUAUCCUUAAUGUACACCAUUUAACUUGCUCCUGGGACAAGACCAUGGAAAUGGCAACACUUCAAGACAUUUCAUUGACUGUCAGACCAGGAGAAUUGCUCACCGUGAUUGGCCCCGUGGGAGCGGGAAAGUCUUCACUCUUGAGUGCUGUGCUGGGUGAGCUGUCUACAAUCAAAGGUUUUAUAGAUGUUCAAGGAAAAAUAGCUUACGUUUCUCAGCAACCCUGGGUAUUUUCUGGCACAGUAAGAAAUAACAUACUCUUUGGAAAAGCAUACCGAAAAGAAAAAUAUGAGAAGGUUUUAAGAGUCUGUGCUCUUAAAAAAGAUAUUGACCAACUGGAAGAUGGAGACCUAACAAUGGUUGGAGACAGAGGAGCUACUUUGAGUGGUGGACAAAAAGCCAGGAUUAAUCUGGCUAGAGCUGUGUACCAGGAUGCCGACAUCUAUCUGUUGGAUGAUCCAUUAAGUGCCGUGGAUGCAGAAGUUAGCAGGCAUUUGUUUGAAAAGUGUAUUUGCCAGACUUUGCAUAAAAAAGUGUGCAUUUUAGUGACUCACCAGUUGCAAUAUUUACGAGCUGCAAGCCAGAUCUUAAUUUUAAAAGAGGGUAAGGAGGUAGGGAAAGGUACCUUCUCAGACUUUCUUAAAUCUGGAAUAGAUUUUUCUUCUCUUUUGAAAAAAGUUGAGGAGGAUGAUCAACCAUCAUCUCCAGGAACACCCAGCCACCAGCUGACUAGGAUCCGUACAUUUUCUCAUUGUGCACAGAUUGAGAGUAAAAACAAUGAAUGUGCCAAGGGCAGAAGUUUGGUUACUUAUGUGCUUCAGGAUUGGUGGCUUUCUUACUGGGCAAACCAGCAAGUAAUGCUAAAUAUCACUAAAAUGGAAUAUGGUGGGCAAAAUAUCACAGAAACUCUGGAUCUUCCCUGGUAUUUAGGAAUGUAUGCAGGUUUAACCGUGGCUACAAUACUUUUCAGUAUACUGAGGAGUCUACUUAUGUUUCACAUUUUGGUUAACGCAGCUCGGACUUUACAUAACAAAAUGUUUCAGUCAGUUCUGAGAACUCCAGUGCUGUUUUUUGACAGAAACCCUAUUGGAAGAAUCCUAAAUCGUUUCUCCAAAGAUGUUGGCCAUUUGGAUGACUUAUUGCCAUUAACAUUCUUGGACUUUGUACAGACUUUUCUUCAGGUGUGUGGAGUGGUCGCAGUAGCGAUUGCCGUGAUACCCUGGAUUCUCAUCCCAUUGGUUCCACUUCUUAUUCUGUUCAUAUUUCUUCGACGAUACUUUUUGGAUACAUCAAGAGAUAUCAAACGUUUGGAAUCUACCACUCGAAGCCCAGUUUUUUCUCAUUUGUCAUCAUCUCUUCAGGGACUUUGGACUAUCCGUGCUUUUCAAGCACAACAGAGAUUCCAAGAAUUAUUUGAUGCACACCAAGACCUACACACAGAAGCCUGGUUCCUAUUUCUGACUACGUCUCGCUGGUUUGCGGUACGCUUGGAUGCCAUCUGUGCCAUCUUUGUGAUAGUGGUGGCCUUUGGCUCUUUGCUACUUGCACAGACUCUUGAUGCCGGAAAGGUUGGCCUUGCUUUAUCCUACGCAAUCACUCUCACAGGAAUGUUCCAGUGGGGAGUUCGGCAAAGUGCAGAAGUUGAAAAUCUGAUGAUAUCAGUGGAACGAGUAACGGAAUACACAGAGUUGGAACAGGAAGCACCCUGGCAUACACACAAACAUCCACCAGCGCAGUGGCCAGCUAAAGGAGUGAUAGCAUUUGAUGAUGUGAACUUUGCUUACAGUGCAGAUGGUCCUUUAGUGUUGAAACAUUUAUCUGCCUUAGUUAAAUCAAAAGAAAAAGUUGGAAUUGUGGGAAGAACAGGAGCUGGCAAAAGCUCUCUAAUAGCUGCUCUUUUCCGGUUGGCCGAGCCUCAAGGAAGAAUUUGGAUUGAUAAAUAUUUGACAUCAGAACUAGGACUUCAUGACUUGAGGAAGAAAAUUUCAAUCAUACCUCAGGAGCCAGCUUUAUUUACUGGGACUAUGAGGAAAAAUUUGGAUCCUUUCAAUGAGUAUAGUGAUGAAGACCUGUGGACUUCUUUAGAAGAGGUCCAACUGAAAGAAGCAAUAGAAGAACUACCUGACAAACUGGAAACACAAUUGGCAGAAUCUGGAUCUAAUUUUAGUGUUGGCCAGAGACAACUGGUAUGCCUGGCCAGGGCUAUUCUGAAGAAGAAUAAAAUACUGAUUAUCGAUGAAGCAACUGCAAAUGUUGACCCAAGAACAGAUGAGCUGAUUCAAAAGACAAUCCGUGAAAAGUUUGCCCAGUGUACUGUUUUGACAAUUGCACACAGACUGAACACCAUCAUCGACAGUGACAGGAUUAUGGUCUUAGAUUUGGGACGCCUGAAAGAAUAUGAUGAGCCAUACAUUUUGCUGCAAGAACAGGAGAGCCUGUUUUACAAGAUGGUUCAACAACUGGGUAAGGCUGAAGCUCUCUCCAUCCUAGAAACAGCCAAACAGGUUUAUUUUAAGAAGAAUUAUCCAGAAGUUGCUCCAAGUGAUCAAGCAGUCCCCAAUCCAUCAAUAUCUGAAUCUCAAGGACUAAUAAUUUUUGAGACUGCUCUAUGAUCUUAUGAAACCAUUGGGAGGGGGCAGGUGCUCUUUUCUUGUCCUUUAACAGAAUGUAACCCUAUCAAAAUACAGACAAAUCUUCCUGUUCAUUCAAACUGUUUUUGCACUGGAAUAUCAAUUGUCACACUGAAGAAAAAUAGA